AUGUCCACACCGUUACCGGCUCCGCAUGUCAUCGCAUCAUGCCCGCCGCCCAUCCGCCGUCCACCGCCCAAUAUUGUCUACAUUCUCUGCUGCUUUGGCCCGGGUAAUUUAUUUGUGCAUGCGGUGCUCAUAUACGCCCGUACAAGCUCCUCUUCCCGAUCAAUGCCACGCUCCCCUCGUGUGGGGGCGCGCCGUUCACCCUAGCAAUGUCAGACUCGGUUGAUCGAGUCUUUAGCCAUGCGCUCAACACCGUCAACAAAAUCCGCACCGGAUCGCAGAAGCCGCCAUCGGCGAUACGGCUGCGGCUGUAUGGACUGUACAAGCAGGCCAUGGAGGGCGAUGUCGAUGGCAUAAUGGACUGCCCGAGAGGGAACGAUGACCACAGCCAGCGGGCGCGAGAGAAGUGGGAUGCAUGGAAACAGCAAAACGGACUUUCGCGCACAGAGGCAAAGCGUCGCUACAUCACCACCCUUAUCGACACUAUGCACAAGUAUGCUUCACCCUCCCCAGACUCUAGGGAACUCGUCGCCGAGCUGGAAUUCGUCUGGGACCAAGUAAAAUCCAACGUGCCCUCGUCAUCAUCAUCUUCGCCCUUGCGACACUCCGACCACAUUCAGUCUGGUUAUUCACAGCAUGAGUUGGGCGAAAGUCGGCGCGCAGCCAUGGACAUGAGCGCGCCCCUCAGACGGAACGACGAAACACCAACAAGAGAAGUAGCGCGAGAUAUGCCGCUGCGGGUCAAGUCGCCCAUCUCGCAAUCCGAGGAAAACCUUGAAGAAGAAGAGGCGGAAAUCGACCGCGGCGAAGUAUUUGUCGACGCCCCAGAUUCGCAAUACAAUCCGACUUCCUACCCAGACGAAAACGACGAAGCCAAUAACGACCUAGAAGACGCCGGCGUCCAAACCGACCUGCAGAACCUCAUGCGCGCCGAACCCAUACCCAUUCAGACGCCCACUCCUGCCCCAAAAUCCAGAGGCAUGGCCGUCCUCGGGAAACCUAUUCAAAUGCCCAUUCCGGGCUUCGGCAGCACCCCCGGCCCGGCGAACAACGGAGCCAAGGAAUCCGCCGCCGACCAAAAAUGGCGCAAGCGCGUCGAGCAGUCCCUCAUGAAGAUGACGGCCGAAGUAGCCGCGUUACGAGAGCAACUAGAAGCACGCCGCCUAUUUGCGCAUUCGGCGCAUUACCGGCUGUUCAGAGGCAUUUGGCGAUGGGUCUGGGCGUGCUUCAAGCAUGUGGUUGUUGAUGCGGUUGUUUUGGGCAUAGUGUUGUUAUGGAUGCGACGGAAGAAGGAUAAGAGGCUGGAGAGUACGAUUCGUGAGGUGCUGGGGGACGCACUGGCAAAAUUGGGGAGAGGUGGGACGAGGGUACCGUUUCUGGGGGGAGGCAACAAACCAAUGUAAUACCGCUUGAACGGCGAUGAAUGUUGUAUGAGUAUGUAUCAAGGAGUGAGAUGUACUGGGUACAAGUAUCUUGCUUGUCUCGAUUUCACAUCGAGACCGUCAUGUGAAUAGUUAGUUUACAGAGCAACCCUAUAUAAGGGAAUCGAUAUAUCGCCUUACAAUACUAGUAACAAUACAUCAGCUAGGCUUCUGCCUAUCAUACUU